AUGUCGCGUCUCAACUACAGCAAGUGGGAUCACAUCGAGGUUUCUGAUGAUGAAGAUGAUACUCAUCCAAAUAUAGACACACCUAGCUUAUUUCGAUGGCGACAUCAAGCACGCCUAGAAAGAGAUGCUGCUUGGAAGAAAGAAAAAGCAGAGUUCGAAGAUAAUUAUAAAUCAUUUCUAAGUAAAUAUAAUGAGGCACAACAGAAAUUAAAUAAAGCUAAGGAGACUGGUUCAGACAACAUACAGGAGCUGCAAAAAAAGUUCGAUGAACUCGAAAUGGAAGCUAAAGACUGGUCAGUGAAAGUGUCUGAAAUACAAAAGAAAGAACGACUUAGACCUUUAAAUAUUGAUACAAUUUGCAAAGAUGCGAAAUCGAAGACGGUUAUUAACUCGCCAAAACUUAAACACGAAGAGAAUUUGGACUCGACAUCAAAUUCCGAAGAGGCCGCAGUAAAUCGUCUAAGAGAAUUUGUUAAUAAACAUAAUAAAGCUAUACGAAAAUUUGGACUAUUGCAAAAACCAUUAGAUUCACAAAAUUUUCUUGUUAAACAUCCUGAUCUAGUAUGUGAAGAAACAGCUAAUCAACUUGUAAUUUGGUGUAUUGAUUUGGCUAUGGAAGAGAAAUUCGAAUUAAUGGAACAUGUUUCACAUCAGUGUAUAGUGAUGCAAUUUAUGCUUGAAUUAGCUAAAUCUCUAAAAGUUGAUCCAAGAGCGUGUAUUCGACCAUUCUUUGCUAAGUUUAAGAAUCCUGAACCAGAAUAUCAAAAAGCUUUCAAUGAUGAACUUUCUGCAUUCCGAGAAAGAAUCAGAGCUCGAGCAAAAGUUCGUUUAGAAGAAGCUAUGAUGCAAAUUGAAGAGGAAGAAAAGCAAAAACGUCUUGGUCCUGGUGGUCUGGAUCCAGUUGAAGUUUUUGAGUCGUUACCAACGAAUCUUCAAGAGUGUUUUGAGAAAAAAGAUGUUGAGUUAUUAAAAGCAGUAUUAUGCAGUAUGGAUCCACAACAAGCUGAAUAUCAUAUGAAAAGAUGUGUUGAUAGUGGACUAUGGGUGGAUAAUGCACGUGAGCAACAACAAGAAGAAGAAGACGGUGAAUCAUCAUCAAACGUUAACACUGACGGUAAUGAUGAUAUUGCUACUACAAUUCAAACAGAUAAAGAACCAAUCCAUGAUAAUGCUUAA